AUGCCGCUCUCGCGCGCAAGCAGUGCCGGCAAAAGGGAAAGAGCCCGCGCCUACAAUAAGGCGCUACCGCUCACCAUCCGAUGUCUCACCUGGAACGUCGGCAACGCCAAGCCGGUCGCCGCAGAGCUCGCGCAUGCGCUGCCGGAUGGGCUCGAUGAGGACAUCAUCGUCGUCGGCACGCAGGAGAACUCCUACAAGGCGGGCAAGGGGGGGCGGAAGCAGGCGGUGGCGCAGGAGAAGCGGGCGGUGGCGCAGGAGUCGCCGGAGCCGACCGAGAAGGCGGGGUCCGCCUACUCCGCCUACGAGCCCGCCCCAACGCCCGGCUCGCCACACUCGUCGGUCGGCGACACCGAGGAAAGAGAAGAGGAUAGCGCUGCCGCCGUCGGCGGCGGCGGCAAGGGGCACGCAGAAUGGGAGGAGAUGCUGGCGCGGCGGCUUGGGCGGGGGUACGUGCCGGUGCGGCACGUGCGGCUGUGGGAGAUGCGCCUCUCCGUGUACGUCAAAGCCUCGCAGCGCGCCAACGUCACCAAAGUGCACGUGGCAAGCGCAGCGACGGGCGGGCCGGGAGGGAUGCUGGGCAACAAGGGCGGGCUCGUCGUGCGGCUGCGGCUCGGCGCCACCUCGCUCGCCUUCGUCUCUUGCCACCUCGCGGCCCACUCGCACAUGCUCUCACGGCGCAACCACAACUGCUCCGAGCUGCUCCGCGAGACGGCCUCGGCGCUGGGCCCGCGGCACCUGACGGCGGCGGCGCAGUUCGACCACGUCUUUUGGCUCGGCGACCUGAACUACCGCACCGACCUCAACGCGGCGGCGGCGGCGGCGGGCGAGGAGGCGCCCUUCCCCACCGACGAGGAGCAUCACGGCCAGGUCCUGCGGCUGGUGGAGCAGGGGGACUGGGGCGCGCUCCUUGGCGCGGACCAGCUGGCAGCCAGCCGCGCCGCCGGCGAGGCCUUCGUCGGCUUCGAGGAGGGGCCCAUCGCCUUCGCGCCAACCUUCAAGGUGGAGCGGUCGAGCGAGCUCGUCUACCAGCAGAAGCGCAUCCCCUCCUAUUGUGACCGCGUGCUCUGGAAGUCGGCCGCCGGACUGCGCGGCGCCGUGUCGCAGACGUCCCUCGCCGCGCUGCCGCGCGUCUCGACGUCCGACCACAAGCCCGUCGUCGCCACCUUCAGCCUGACCCCGAGCGAGGCGCUGCGCGGGACCAUGCAGGAGGUGCGCAGCGGCGGCAGCAGAGGCAGCAGAGGGUCGUCGCGUAAGUCGAGUCUCUUCGGCAACGUGAGCAGCUCCUUUGCGGCUGGGUCGGCGUCGUUCACCGGCUCGCGCGCGUACGCCUCUCUCGACGUCGUCCGCCCGACGGUCGACAUGGACUACACCGGCGGCUGCGACCCGUACUGCGUGGUCUCCGCCAACCCGUACGAGCUACUCUAUUGCGCGGCGCACGAGCACGUCCUCAAGAAGGGCGAGGCCGCCGCCAGCACCGUCAAGCACGGGCAGGACUGCACGUGGCCAGACGACGAGGUGCCGCUGCUGCGGCUGCGCGGCGUGCGGACUGCGGCGCUGCCGCACACGACGCUGCUGCUCGCGGUGCUCGACAAGGACAACGUCAUCUUGGGCAAGGACGACCCGGUGGGGGUGGUGCAGGUGCCGCUGCGGCCCGUCGGCUGGAGCCAGGACAGCGAUCUGCCUCCCAGCUUCGAGGUCGAGUUCGACGAGCCGCUCGUGCAAGGCAUGGCGUCGACCGACCUCAAGUCGGGCCGCCCCCUCGGCCGGCUGCGCGGCACCCUCUCCAUCGCGACGACGGCGGAGGCCAUCGAGGAGGCUCUCGCCGAGGCGAGGGCGGACGGCGCCGGCGAGAAGGCGCGCACCGUCAAGCUGGGCGCCUCGGCCUUUGAGCGGCGCUGGCGGUGCUGCUGA